AUGCUUCGCCAGCGACCAGUCAAUAUAGGCGUCUCAGGGGUAGUAAAGGAGUUCCACGUGAUCGACCGGAGACGGACACCGCUCGGUAACCUCUGGUCCGCUAAUGAAAUUCCUCCUUCCUCCCAAUCUCCGUGUUCUCUAGCUGAAACGAUGCCGCUAAUCUACCCUGAAUGUCCCGCUCGUACUCCAACGUCCAUCCAAGACCUCCCAUCUGAAGUCUUAAUCGAGAUCUUCACGUACCUUGCGCACAUCGACAGUCUUUCUCCGCUCACUACCGUCGCCUCCGUAUGUCAACCUUGGAGGUCCAUCGUUUUCAACGCACCAUCAGUGUGGCGGCUCAUUGUAUUGGAUAGCCGCGCGCGCGAUAUCAGCGCUCUCCAGACUCACGCGCUAUACUGGAUGAUGAAGAGUGAGCCUCUGGAGUUUGAUGUGGAGGUGAACGUUGCAGAGAGGGACGAUAUCCUCCUCCUCCUCUCCCCGUUUCUAUCUCAACCGCAGAAGCGGUGGCGUUCGUUUGCUUUGACUGGCCCAGACACCCAUGGAGUGUAUCUCUUGCAGAAUGUAGGCAGGACGACGAAAUUGGCUAUCUCCGUGCGUGGCGACAGUGGCAGUAUAGCGAGCGCAAUACUGGGAAUCCCUGAAGAAGAUGGCGUCAAAGACUCCGUCAACUUAGACAUUAGCCAGAACACUUUGGGAGUCGCCGUCGACGCCCUUCCAUCACCAUCUCGCAUUCACCCCAUCUAUUUGACAAUAAUACACAUAUGCGAUGCACUACCCGAGGUGUAUACGAAGCCCUCUGCGCUGCUGGCUUUUCUUGCCGCAUGUCCGAACUUGCAACAGUUCGUAUUUAUGGGAUGGACGCUGAGACGGGAUAUAGACGAAGACAGUGAUGGCCAAGACGGCCAUCAAACCUUUGUAGAAGAGAAACUCCCUGUUGUCUACCUCCCCCACCUUCAAGUCCUCCGCUUGCGCAGCACAUGCUCGACGCGCACCAUUCUGUCGCGUAUCCACACACCCACACUCUCCGAACUCUACUUAACCUAUCUCAACGUCGACUUCCCCCUACCGCCACACGUCGAUGAAGGAGACGAGGGCGACUCGGAUGACGAGAGCGGGGACUUCUCUCGGUCGCCAUCGAGUGAUCGGGCCACAGGGAUGGGUCUGAGGAAGCUGAUCAAGAGGUCGAAUCCCCCACUGAGGGUGCUGGAUAUGGAUUGCAGUGACAUGCGCACGAAAGACUUCCGAUAUAUCUUUGAUCAUCUCCACAAGCUGGAGGAGUUCAGCAUCGUCGCCUCGGAUUUGUCGGACAACGUCAUCAGGCUGCUAGCGCCGUAUUACGAGUCAUCGGGCAGAGGGACCGUAAAACUACGCGUACCCAGGCUGGGUGUACUGCGGCUGUUCGAUUGUAUAAGGGUAUCAGGUGAUGCUAUACUGGAGACGUUAAGUCGGCGCGCGGAAGUCAUGGUAGACUAUCAUUGCGGUGAGGGGACGUUCAGAGAGGUGUCGAUCAUGGGAUGCGAACGGUUUGCCCAGAUCCAUGGACAGGCGCUGCGUCCACGGCUUGGUGGAGCAGUGUUUCGCUAUGAUAUAUAA